AUGACUGGGAUAUCGACCCUGCUAAGGAAGCCGGGAGCGGUCGCAGCAUCGGCGUUGCUUGUCGCUACCUGUAUUAUCUCGUUAUUCCUGAUUCGAAUGAACAUGGAAUUUGAUCCCACUCAGUCACCAAGAGUCUCCGUGGAACAAGUGAUUCCUGAUGAUAGCAUCGCGCAGAGACCGUCGCCCACUGUUGCGCUAGCCAGCGACACUACAUCGAGCAGCAGCCCUGCCACACCAACAGCAGACCACCAAGAUGACCGACCGGCUGAGAGUGUUGUCAAUGCAACAGUUGCCAAGCAUCACGACGAUGACGCCGUUUUUGACCCCGGCAACGGCUUUCGCCAGAUAUAUUCUCUCUCCACCAGCAAUGGGACCUUUUACCCGGUCUCUUUCGGCAACGAGUCGGCGUACAAUGUCAACGUCCUGCCUCACCCUACACGACCUGAUCAGUGGGUUAUCAUCGCUCAAGCACUCGCACAAGCCACUGUCAACGGGACAGUACAACUGAGGGAGGUGAAUUGCAUUGCCGAAUUCCUCCACGGCGUUCUUGCUUGUACUGAGCCUGCUACGGCCUUGCGAACGGCCCCCUCGAUACCCUGCGUCAAUUGUAUAGAUGGUGAAUCACCGCCAUUGCUCAAAAUGGUGUUCGGGCCUCGAGAUGCUCGCAUGUUCUAUGGUCCUAAGCAUGCUUAUGUUAUGUACGGCUCUCAAUCUCACUACACCUGGUUGGGGCUGUGGAUUCAGCACGCAGGCAAGUUGAUCCCCGCCCUGAACCAGGCCGACUCUGAUGAGGCAUCUGCGUUUCCCGAGGCCACGGAAAUCGAACGACCAACCCCGCAUAAGCUCGGCUACGAAAAGAACUUCUUUCUUUUCUGGGACAGUCAAGGAGCCAUGUACGUGCAUCACGACAUAUAUCCUAACCGAACGUUCGCUCAGCUAUCUACUAACGGGUCCGUCCAUGCUGAUCUCUCUCCGGAGAGCGCGUCGAAAGAUAGUAUCUGCAUGGCUAAACACAUGCCCCGGCCAGGCCCCGAGCUAGAAGGUAUUCAUCAAGCCACCAACUCGCUGGCCCUGACCCUAUGCCGGCGCCACGACCAGGACUGCCACCCGAGCGACGAGAAUACUUUUAUCAUGAAUAUUUUCCAGCACAAAACGUAUCAUAGCUACCAUGCUCUUUACUACUCUUACGUCAUGUUAUUUCAACAGACUGCGCCAUUCGCAGUCCAUGCAAUCUCCAAAAAGCCUCUAUGGAUUCAUGGCCGGGAUAUGCUCACGAACAAGACACACGCAGCCUAUUACGACGAGCACCCACCCUCAAUGCCCAAAAAUCAUACGGAAAUGUUCUAUAUCACCAGCAUCAGUUGGAAAUCGUCCAAACAGAAAUAUAACGGAUAUAUUGACGAUCCUAUGUUUGUGUCGUUUGGAAUAGAAGAUACAAAAUCCGGCACUAUUGACGUCUCGGCCGGCGAUUUAUUGCAAGACUUGGCGUAUUGUGAAGAAGAUUAG